AUGCCGCGAUUCUUCCGAGGACCUCGCAAGAGCGCGAGUCUCACUCUCAGCGCCGACCUUGGAUCUUCGUUGGAAGUAGAUGAGAGGGGAGACGUGUCUGUAACGCACGAGCAGCGGCGUUUUUCUCCAAAGCCAAGACGCACAUUGCGCUUUCUUGACGACUUCAAACGCAAUGAGUCCGAUAGCUUCUUUCCAGGACAUCACCUCAGCCCGAUAGUCUCGCGGACCCGUCAGCCUCAGCAUGCCUUCAGUGGCCGCUUCGCAGAGUUGGAGAUUGCUCAAUCCGGUCUCGCCAGGCGUCUGAAGGGCCGGCAUCUGCAGAUGAUAGCGAUCAGCGGAUCAAUAGGAACUGGUCUUUUCGUCAUGAGCGGCGCGUCAUUGGCAAUCAGUGGUCCAGCAUCGUUAUUACUCGCAUUCGCAACUGCAGGGGUCGCAAUGUACUGCACGUGUCAGGCUCUGGGAGAGCUGGCUGUUGUGUUCCCCAUAGCAGGGUCAUUCUCUUCGUGGGCGACACGUUUUCUGGACCCUUCGUGGGGUUUCGCCCUCGGUUGGAACUAUGCUUUGCAAUGGCUCAUUUCCCUGCCGGUGGAAGUUGUUGCUGCUACUGAGGUUAUCGGUUAUUGGAAUACGUCACUGCCGCGGGCAAUAUUCGUGACGCUUUUUGUUGCUCUUAUUGUUGCAAUCAAUAUGCUUGGGGUGAAAGGGUAUGGAGAAGCAGAGUUCAUUUUCGCCAUCAUAAAGAUUACCGCCGCCACUAGUUUUGUCUUGUUUGGCGUUGUUCUCAACUGUGCGGGCACUCCAGAGCGCGGCUACAUCGGAUUCGAAUACUGGAGGAACCCUGGUGCUUUCAACAACGGCUUCAAGGGUUUCUGUAGCGUCUUGCUCAACGCCGUAUUUGCAUUCAGCGGCACCGAGUUGAUAGGUCUUGCUGCAGCAGAAACUGCGAACCCGCGCAAGUCUCUCCCCAUGGCCAUCAAGCAGGUGUUUUGGAGAAUAUGCCUCUUUUAUUUCAGCAUUGUCCUUCUCAUCGGCCUUGUCGUGAGGCAUAAUGACCCGCGGCUCGUCGAAGGCGCCAACAACGCAGACGCCAAUGCGUCGCCUCUCGUCAUCGCUUUCCAGGAAGCCGGCGUACAGGUCUUGCCGUCGGUGACCAACGCAGUCAUUCUAAUAUCAGUUUUAUCCGUGGCCAACUCGGCCGUGUUCGGUUCUUCUCGGACACUUGCAGCGCUGGGGGCGCUCAACCAAGCCCCAAAGCCACUGGCAUAUAUUGAUAGAAAAGGCCGACCGCUCAUAGCAAUCGGUCUGGCGGCGGGCAUUGGCCUCCUCGCCUACCUCGCUGAUCUCAGCGAGCGGGACAACGUCUUGGAGUGGCUGGUGGGCAUUGGUGCUUUGUCCAGCGUUUUCACGUGGGGGACAAUUUGUCUCUGCCACAUUCGAUUCCGCUCGGCGUGGCUUUCGCGGUGUCGCAGUGUGCGUGAACUUCCGUACCGCUCCUCUGUUGGCGUUGCGGGCUCCUAUCUGGGCCUGUUUGUGAACGCCGCGACUAUUGUCGCGCAGGUUUGGGUUGCAGUUGCUCCCAUCGAUUAUGAUGCAAUGACCAACGUGGACUUGGCGAGGAAUGCAGUACUCAAACUGUUGAGUGGCGUCUUGAUACUAAUCUUUUAUUUCGUCCACAAGGUUAUCCACAGGACUAGAUAUGUGCGACCUGUAGACGUUGACCUCAACACAGGUCGGCGAGACUACAACGUCGUUCUUCUCGAGGCUCAGGAAAGAGAACAGCGGGCCAAGUGGCCGAGAUGGAAGAAGAUGUACAAGAUCUUAUGCUAG